GAGCGGUGCGUGGAGGAUGCCUGCACCCCAGGGCGCUGAGCACAGCGGGCGGGGACGGAGGGCCCCGGGUGGGCGAGUUCGGGAGCCAGUGAGCUCAGGAGGGUGACGCAGCCCGGGACGGAUGACCAAUGAGCAUCCAUCACUCCCGUCAGCGCCCCUACACCACGCUCCGGUUGCUUAGCAACCCGGGAGCGAGCGUGCGAACCCCCUCCACGGCCGGUGCGCGCCUGCUCCCGGGCGCGGGCUGCCAUGGCCCCCAGCCACCUGUCGGUGCGGGAGAUGAGGGAGGAUGAGAAGGCCCUGGUGCUGGAGAUGCUGAAGGCCGGCGUGAGGGACACGGAGAACCGCGUGGCCCUGCACGCCCUGACGCGGCCGCCCACCCUGCUGCUCCUGGCGGCGGCCAGCAGCGGCCUGCGCUUCGUCCUGGCCUCCUUCGCCCUGGCCCUGCUGCUGCCCGUGCUGCUGGCCGUGGUGGCCCUGAAGCUGGGCCUGCGGGCCCGCUGGGGCUCGCUGCCCCCGCCGGGCGGCCUGGGGGGGCCCUGGGUGGCGGUGCGCGGCUCGGGGGACGUGUGCGGGGUCCUGGCCCUGGCCCCCGGCUCCCACACGGGGGCCGGGGCCCGGGUCACCCGCCUCUCCGUCUCCCGCUGGCACCGCCGCCAGGGCGUGGGCCGGCGGCUGCUGGCCUUCGCCGAGUCCCGGGCGCGGGCCUGGGCGGGGGGCGCCGGCGAGCCCCGGGCCCGCCUGGUGGUCCCCGUGGCCGUGGUGGCCUGGGGCGUGGCGGGCAUGCUGGAGGGCUGCGGCUACCAGGCCGAAGGGAGCUGGGGCUGCAUGGGCUACGCGCUGGUGAGGGAGUUCAGCAAGGACCUGUGACUCCGGCCCGAGCACCUACUGUGCGCGUGACCACCUACUGUGCGCGGGCACGGUCACCUCCUCCCUGUGCGCGUCCCCAGCCUCGCCCGGGGCCCGGGAGCUCAGGCCGACAGGCCACCCCAGGCAGAGGCCCGUGUGUGGUGUGUGAACUCAGAGGGUGGCCUGCCCGCCUCCCGCCUCCGUCUGUGCCGAGAGCCCGCCCGCCUGUCUCACUGCAAGGUCUGCACCUCCCCAGCCCUCGGCCUGGGAGCCGCUCCGCUGGAGGAGAGGAAGCCGGACAAGUGUGACCCCCCCAAGAGUUAGGACUUGGGACAGGGGUUCCCCCCAAAACGGGGUGGGGUUUGA